CUUAACUGUUAUCUACAGGGUGAGUGAGUGCUGUCUAAACAAGUUCGCGUGUAAAGUAUUAUAUAACAGUGAUAAACCCGCGACGGAUCAGUUUUGGCGGUGACUGUACGCAGCUAACUUGUUGUGCGUAAGUCCGUGAUGUUAUGUGGAUUUGCGAAUUAUUGUGAUUUUUAGGUCCCUAGUGUAGAUAACCACUAACCAAAUGAAGGAAAAAAACUUCAAAAUGGGUUACAUCACCAAAGGAAAUGACGAGCCAAUAACAACUGCUGUUAAAAUAAAGCUCGUGGUGUGUUUGGUGAUCGGAACAUUAUUCCUGUCUGCAGUCAUACUGAGCAUCAUUGUAGACCCCUUGCGAUUAUUAUUUAUUUAUUCGGCUCGCGUAGACUACGGUACAGCAGUCCACGAGGCCAUGAGUCAGGAGGUGGACAGCCUGCACCUGUCGGCCUACAUCUUCAACAUCACCAAUGCUGAGCAGUUCCUCAGCGGGGAGGAUGACAGGCUGAAGGUGGAGGAAAUUGGGCCUUUUACUUAUCAAGAGAAUCGUACGAAUGAAGACUUGGAGAUAGACCUGGAAGCUGGUGUGAUGAGGUACACUCCUCGUCAUAAGGUCACCUUCCUUCCCGAAGAGUCAGUCGGCAGACCUGAGGAUAUUAUGGUCACCGUGCCGAAUGUUGCUAUGCUGAGCAUGGGUUCCAUGGUGUCAACCUACGGUUACUUCGCACGCAUGGGGUUCAACAUGCUGACCUCCCAGCUGGACAGUAAGCCAACUAUCCAGAUAUCUGCCCAGGACUACCUGUGGGGGUAUGAAGAACCCCUCAUUAAUCUGGGUAACACUGUGCUGCCUGGGUGGAUUAACUUCGAUAAAAUGGGUGUUUUGGAUAGGCUGUACGAUGAAAGUAUACCAUUCCGUGUGGAAGUGAGUGCCACCGAUGAAGACAAGUUCAUGAUCAAGACUAUUGACGGCAUCGGUGGCCUGUCAGCUUGGGGAUAUCCCGAAACAAGCUCAAGUUGCAACAGCUUCAACGGCUCGUUCGAAGGCAUAGGCUACCCCCCCGACAUGUCCCCUCACCGGCCUCUCAAGAUCUACCGCAACGUCCUCUGUCGAUUCAUGGAGCUGGAGUACCAGGGCCAGAAGACCAUGGACUUCGGCAUUGAGGGCAUGACCUACAAGUUCUCUAACAGGAGUUUCAGUCAGAUUGAGGAGAAUGAGUGCCUUUGCAGUAAAGGAGUUUGUUUUGAAGGCGUCACUGACAUGUCUUCUUGUAUGUAUGGUUUACCGCUGGUCCUAUCAAACGCCCAUUUCCUGGAUGCAAGCCCUUCGUUAUAUGAUCGCAUCGAGGGUCUUACUCCCAAUGAAGAGGAUCACGGCAGUUCGUUAAUUGUUGAACCACUAUUUGGCAUGGUGAUGGCUACUAAGUUCUCAGUGCAAGUGAGCGUGAUGAUGCGCGACGUGGAGUUCAACUCCAAGCUGAGCAGCUUCUCAGACAUGCUCGUGCCCAUCAUCAAUGUUAAAAUUGUACAACCAAAAUUGCAAGACAAACAGAUCUCAACACUACGAAUGGUCCACAUCUAUAUUCCCUACGUCUUCCUAGGCUUUCAAAUUGUGCUAGUUAUAGCUGGUGUCCUCCUCGUCUCCUACUCCUCAAAACAGCUGUACUGGAACUGCGUACCUUCUAGAAGAAAAGGCAUAUCUUAUAGUGCAGACCCGAAAGAUGUAAAAGAAGUAUUCGUGGUAGAACCGCUGAUGAACAGAUAAUUGAAAACAACGCCAUCUAUUGGUGUAGUUUAAAAGUAAUUUUAAAACGAAAGUGAUUGGCGCGUUUAAACUGAAGAGUGAUUGGUGAAUUGACCAAAGAAUUGGUUUUUAUUGUAAUUUAGGCUAAUUUACUGUGGAAGUUACCUAUGUAGAUGUUAUUAUGCAUAAGACUGUACAUAAAUAAAUUUAAAUUAAUUUUAAGUAAUAAAAUAAAUAAUUUACACAAAA